CGCCCGCAGAGGAAGGCGCUGCAGUCUCUGGGCCUCGCGGCUCCACUCAAGCGUCCUCAGCACCGAGGGCUCGCGGGUCCCGAGGGGAGGAGGCGAGCCCGGGGCUGGGCACUGAGCUCUUGGGCGCCCUCACCCCCGUUUUCGAAGCCCUCCACGCUGCGGCCGCUGUCCCCUCCGGACCAUGGCCGACGACGACGUGCUGUUCGAGGAUGUGUACGAGCUGUGCGAGGUGAUCGGCAAGGGUCCCUUCAGUGUUGUACGACGAUGUAUCAACAGAGAAACUGGGCAACAAUUUGCUGUAAAAAUUGUUGAUGUAGCCAAGUUCACAUCAAGUCCAGGGUUAAGUACAGAAGACCUAAAGCGGGAAGCCAGUAUCUGUCAUAUGCUGAAGCAUCCACACAUUGUAGAGUUAUUGGAGACAUAUAGCUCAGAUGGAAUGCUUUACAUGGUUUUCGAAUUGUGAGUAUGCAUUUUAUUUCUUAAGGGGUAAAAUUUUAAGCAAUAUUGGUUUUGGAUAAUGCUAACACUUUUCUCUUGAAAUUUAACAAUAGUUGUGAAUUCAUCUGUUUAGAAAGACCUAAAGUCAUAAGAAAAAAAGAUUAUCUUGAGGUUUACAGUGGCAAAGGAAGCAAAAACUGGGCAUAUUCAGUUACCCUCACACUUUCAGCACACUUCAGAGAAGAGCCU